AUGGAAGACGCGAUACCCCUCCCCGUCGGGUACGAUACCGUCUGCGGGAAAAUCUCCUUGACUGCUGGGUACGAGAAGCACAAGGCAAUCUUCCCUCCCAAGGUAGAGGCUGUUCGUGUUCUUGGGAACGUGCAUGAUCCAGUCAAGGGCACUCACCCGCGCAAUGUCGGACGCUCCUCCAUGCUCGCCGGUAUCCCCUACUACGUGUUCGGUCAGGUAGCCAAUGUUUCAACCGAUGGUUACGCCUUUGGGACCGUUUCCAAUGCAGUGGCCAGGGCACUUGAGCCGUUGACCGACCCUCUUCCCACCACGUACGUGUCCGUCGAGCGGAACGGCUUCAUUCACCCGUUUCUCGGGCUGACUGAAAACGAGGUGAAAUAUCAGCAUGAUACUGGCAUGCACAUUAUCAUUUUCGAUCCAAGGCGGUAUCUGUGA